CACCGCGAACCCGAAUUUUCUCCCGUUCCUCAAUCCCGGAAGUCCAUCCCCAUAGCGAUCCACCGACAAGAUGAUCUGCCAACGGUGCCGAACGGGCAUUCUCUCCCGCCUGCAGCAACCGCAGACUGCCGUGUCGUGGUCGGGAGCACGCCAGUUCCCCCUCCAGCGGUACCAGCACCAGGUCCGCUCGUACAGCGACGGCAAGCCGACAGUGUCCGCGACUCCGCCGCCGCCGGCCCCUCGCCAGCCCGUCACCGACGACGUCUCGAUCCCGUCCGCUGUCUCGUCCGCGACCCCCGGCGUGUCGCAGCCGCUCAGCACCCCCGGCGAGGUGCACAUCAGUGCCGGCCAGAAGAAGACCCCCAAGCAGGAGCGGCCUCCUAGCUGGUGCAUAGCCGGAUCCCGUAUGACGGGCCUCAACUAUUUCAAGAAUAAGCCUGAUGUGCUGGCCCUUGAGGACUCGGAGUAUCCCGAGUGGCUGUGGUCGCUGUUGGAUGGCGGGAAGAGUGAGAAGAAGGGCGGCGUGGAUCCGAAUACCCUGAACAAGGCCCAGCGCAAGCGCUACGACAAGAAAAUGGCCGCUCGCGCCGCGACCCUCCCCCCCAAGAUCCCCGUCCACCACCACGCGACGGAUCUCACGCCCGCGCAGGAGGAGGCCUCACAGGAUCUACUCAGCCGUGCGACGGAGAGUCUGGAGAAGCGGGAGGAUAUCACGAAGAGUGCGCGCGACGCGCGGAGAAAGGCCAUUCGGGAGGCGAACUUCCUGCGUGGACUGUAAUUAUCACUUUUCAGUCUCCGUUUCUGUUGUGUCGGUGUUUUAUUAGCUAUCUAUAUUGUACUGUACUAUUGGGUGACGGAUGUAGACUUGGGCCCUGUUCAGAACAUUUUACUGUAUUUUAUGAGAUUUUCUUUUCUUCUUUAUUCUUCUCGUCUUUCUCAUUAAGCGUGGGUAUGGAAACG